CUGCAGGGCACCAACCUGAGCGGCUCGGUGCCCGGCGGCUGGCGCCCGCCCGCCGCAGCCCAGGCCAUCAACCUGUCUGGCAACCGCCUCAGCGGCACCAUCCCGCCGGCCCUCACGCGACUCAGCGGCCUGCAGAUCCUGGACCUGUCGGGCAACCUGCUGAUGGGGCGCCUGCCGCCCGCCAUGCUGUGCAACACGUCGCUAGAGUUUGUGGGGCUCAACGUGGUGGGCAACAGCCUGUCGGGUGCG